CCCAAUUAAAAUUACCGCAUGCGAAAUAAUCAUCGAUCGAGUGUUCAAUUGUUCCAAAGUUCUAAUCUUAAUGCUCUGCGUUGAGAGGAAAAAAAAUUGGCAAAUUACCCUAGGAAAUGGAAAAACAAUAUAUUUUAAUCGAAUUAUACGUGUAUUUGAGUCGUGCUGAACAUCACGCAUUAAAAUGUGAAUAGAAAAAGUUGUACAAGUGCAUUGAGAUAAGGUUAACCCACAAAUAGAUACACCCAUAAUAGAAUACAUAUCCAACUUUUUUUUUCAAUUUCACAAAUUCUCGCUAAUGUUUUUUCAUCUCAUUGUUCGGGAGUUUGUGGUGUCGAGUGGUUUUUGUUAUUUCUCUUCUUCAUCGAGUGUUUUUUCAUUCGCAAUCGUCAGUGGGGGACAGUUUAUUCGCAUUAGGAGUGCAUUAGGAGAUUGAGGAGUUGAAUUGAAAAAGUUGUCCACGCUUGUCAUAUCCGAGUCACCAUUGCACUAUUUUUGUAGUUGAGCCCAGAGGUUUUAUAUUGUCCAGUUAUGAGGCUGAUAAAUACCGUGGUUGUAAUCAGCCGGGACAAUAAUGACGGAAUUAUCGCCAAAGGAUCCUGCUGAGGGAUCGCCAAAUCAGAUUGCAAUAAUGUCAAACCCAUCGAACAAUUCUUACACUGCCCCAAUGGACGUUGUUUCCCGGGGGGUGAGUGGAAGAUUACGACAGCUCGAAAAUUUGUUCACCAGUGGUCCAGUGCAAGGUGGACGUGUGAGCCAUACAUUUUCGAUUGAAACGCUGAUCGAUAUUUUAUUAAUUCUCUAUGACGAGUGUUGCAACUCCUCACUGCGACGUGAAAAAACAGUCUCUGAUUUUAUCGAAUUUGUGAAACCAGUGGCAGCCUGCAUAAAAAACCUCCAACUAGCACGUGAAGAUUUCGAAAUAGUCAAAGUCAUUGGGCGAGGUGCAUUUGGGGAAGUGUGCGUUGUAAAAAUGCGAGGAUCGGACAAAGUAUUCGCCAUGAAAAUUCUCAACAAAUGGGAGAUGUUGAAGCGCGCUGAGACAGCGUGUUUCAGGGAAGAGAGGGAUGUACUAGUCUACGGUGAUCGUAGAUGGAUAACCAAUCUUCAUUAUGCAUUUCAAGAUGACAAUAAUCUGUAUCUCGUUAUGGAUUACUACUGUGGAGGUGAUUUGCUAACUCUUCUUAGCAAAUUUGAGGAUCGAUUGCCCGAGGAUAUGGCACGUUUUUACAUUGCUGAAAUGGUAUUGGCGAUUGCUUCCAUACACAAUUUACGGUAUGUCCAUCGAGACAUCAAACCUGAUAAUGUUUUACUCGAUGCCAAUGGGCAUAUACGACUCGCCGAUUUUGGAUCAUGUCUGAGGCUCUUUGAGGAUGGCACCGUCCAGAGUAAUGUCGCUGUUGGUACGCCGGAUUAUAUUUCUCCAGAAAUUUUGAGGGCAAUGGAGGACGGUCAAGGCCGUUACGGUCCCGAAUGCGACUGGUGGUCUCUUGGUGUAUGCAUGUACGAGAUGCUCUACGGCGAGACACCCUUUUACGCGGAAUCUCUAGUCGAAACCUACGGUCGAAUAAUGAAUCACAAGAACUGCUUCGACUUCCCUACAGACGAGGCCUACGACGUAUCAGACGAAGCUAAAGACUUGAUGCGAAAAUUAAUCUGCAGUUCGGAAUUUCGUCUCGGUCAGAAUGGUAUCGAGGACUUCAAGAAGCACCCAUGGUUCGAGGGAGUCAACUGGGAGACAUUGAGGGACAGCACAGCCCCGUACAUACCGGAAGUCUCGUCUCCAACAGACACCUCGAACUUUGACGUUGACGACACAGAUGUGAGAAGUUCAGAUGCUGUACCACCAGCAGCAAAUUCAGCCUUCUCAGCCCUUCACCUGCCGUUUGUGGGCUUCAGUUUUACCCAGGGGAGCUGCAUUUCAGACCUGGGAUCCCUUCCCGUGCUGACACAGCCCCAAAGAGAUAAAAACAUCGAGAGCCUAGAGCUGGAAAACGCGAGAUUACAGCAAACAAUAUUAGAUUUGAAGAAUCAAUUGUCCUCAAACACCAGCAGUAUAUCUCCUACAAUCUCCCCGGAAUCGUCUAAUGCCACGAGAAAGCUUCAGGACGAGAUAAACACCUUAACAAAGCGCAAUGGAGAACUGGAAUCCCAGUUGAAGUCGUUGGAGAGCGCCGCAAGCCGAGAAAUCAGAAACAUUGAUAAUGGUGACCUGGCGAAGCUCCACGAUCUCGAGAAGCUUGUUCGAUUACUGAAAACGGAGAAGGAGGAGGCUGUGAAGGACAAGCUGGAUAUUCUUGAGAAACUAAAGCUCCAGGAUAAGGAGCUGAAGGAUGCGUUGACUCAACGAAAGCUCGCCAUGGCGGAGUACACCGAGGUGACUGACAAACUGUCAGAGCUGCGACAGCAUAAACAGAAAUUGUCGCGUCAGGUGCGCGAUAAGGAGGAGGAGCUGGAGGUAGUCAUGGCCAAAGUCGACAGUUUGCGGCACGACAUCAGGAAAGCAGAGAAGCUCAGGAGAGAGUUGGAGAACAGAGUUGAGGAGGCAAUGGCGGAGACGAGCAAAGAGAGAAAAUUAAGGGAGAGGAGUGAGGAAUACUGCAAGCAGAUGCAGGAGGAGACUGAGAAGAUCAGGCAGAGAUCUGUGGGUAAUGAUGCGCGUGCUAAUGAUGCCUUGGCUACGCAGGAGAUCAAUAGGCUCAAGGCAGAAGUGGAGAAACUUGAGGUACAGUACAAUGAAAAUCUUAAUCAGCAGCAGGGGAGGCACAAUGUGGAGAUGAGGAGUCUUCAGGAGCAAUUGCACGAGGCUGAGGGACACAGGGAAAUACUGGAGAGGGAAAUACAGGUGACUAAGGACAAGCUUGAUGCUGCGAGACUGGAAAAUAUCACCGACAGUGAGGAGACCAUCAACGAGUUGAGCAGACGACACGAGAGGGAGAAGAUCAUGCUGACUGAGGAGAACAAAAAACUUUUGCUGGAGUUGUCCUCGGUUACUGAUAGUGUUAAUAGAAUUUCGAGUGAGAGGAGACAGCUGGAGGAGGAAUACGAGGAACUCAGGAAUAAGAAAGAGGCGAUUGCUCAGUGGGAGGCCCAGAUCACGGAAAUCAUACAGUGGGUAUCCGAUGAGAAGGACGCCAGGGGAUAUCUCCAAGCGUUGGCUACCAAAAUGACUGAGGAGUUGGAGUUUUUGAAACAUUCUGGAGGAGUCGGAGGCGUUGGGAGCACCUCGACAAUGUCGGAUAAGAAUUGGAGGAAUAGGAGAUCACAAAAACUUGAUAAAAUGGAAUUGCUGAAUCUCCAGAGCUCGUUGCAGAGUGAGAUACAGGCAAAACAAGCUAUUUCUGAGGAGCUUACCAAGACUAGAUCCGAUCUUAUUGCUGCUCAAAAGGAAUUACGUGACUUCCGACAACGUUUGGAUUCAAUGUCCCACGAAAUGAAGAGAAAAGAAAUACAAAUCAAGGAAUUGCAAUCACGUAUUGAUUCGAGCGAUGGUUUCUUGGAACGCCCAACAUCACAAAUGUCGUACUUGGAGCACUUCUUGAAGGAAACGGCUGGUAGUACUCGUCAUGGCAGUGUCGACAGCGUUGAAGGUGACAUCGAGGAUAAUCGGGCGCCGAGCAUCACAAGUAGCAAGAGUAAUUUAUCCGAGUUGAGCAUUGAUCCAACAUCACCACUGUCUCACGAGCUCCUCAACAAAUCAUCAGCAUCCCACAGCCAAGUAGCCAAUCUCCAGCCAAAGCCAAAGUCCCAUCAAUUUCUGGUACGAACAUUCUCAGCACCAACAAAAUGCAAUCAUUGCACUUCCCUCAUGGUUGGACUGACAAGACAAGGAGUUGUAUGCGAAGUAUGUGGUUUUGCCUGUCACAUGCCGUGCUGCGAUAAAGUGCCAGCAAUGUGUCCAGUGCCCCAUGAUAAGACAAAACGACCACUUGGAAUUGAUCCAACAAGGGGCAUUGGCACUGCUUACGAGGGUUACGUCAAGGUGCCCAAAAUGGGAGGUGUCAAGAAGGGAUGGAUUCGACAAUUUGUCGUUGUAUGCGAUUUUAAAUUAUUCCUUUACGAUAUAUCACCUGAUCGCAAUGCACUGCCCUCCGUCUAUGUAUCGCAAGUCCUCGAUAUGAGGGACGAGGAGUUUGGGGUGAGUUCAGUACGUGAAUCGGAUGUUAUUCAUGCUACGAAGAAAGACAUUCCAUGCAUUUUUAGGAUUACAACAUCCUUGCUGGAGCCGCCAGGUUCACGGAAUCACACUUUAAUGUUGGCUGACACUGAAAGUGAGAAAACCAAAUGGGUUGUUGCGUUAAGUGAACUUCAUCGAAUAUUAAAAAGAAACAAUCUUCCAAAUACAACGAUCUUUCGUGCAAAAGAACUAUUGGACAAUACAUUGUCAGUUGUUAAGAACGUGAUGUCAGGAGCGAUAAUAGAUCCUGAUCGUCUAGUCAUUGGUACCGAGGAGGGCCUAUUCUGUUUAGAUUUAGAUCGUAGCGAAAUUGCUAAAGUUGGUGAGGGCAAGAAGGUAUAUUUACUCGAGUACAUAACCGAGGAACAACUUAUUGUGGUACUGAGCGGUAAACAGCGCCACGUAAGACUAGUCCCAGUCCGUGCACUUGAUGGUGAUGAAGUCGAAUGGAUCAAGGUUGCUGAGACAAAGGGCUGUAUAACUCUGACUACAGGCAUUGUCAGGCGUAAUCCACUCACAUACUGUCUAUGUGUUGCGAUAAAAAAACAGAAUGCUUCACACGUGAUGAUAUAUGAAAUAACACGUACAAAAACCCGCCACAAACGUAUACAAGAAUUAAUGUUACCCUGUCAUGCACAAACACUUCAAGUACUGUCAGAGGGACGUUUAUGCGUUGGUUAUCCAUCAGGAUUUUCAAUAUACAGUAUUCUCGGUGAUCAUCAUCCCAUUUCAUUGGUCCAUCCUGAAAACACACUGCUAGGGUUCUUGACGUACAGUGCCAUCGAUGCUUUACGCUGCAUUGAACUACCGAGAGGUGAAUUCUUACUCGUAUUUCAAACACUCGCUGUUUACGUUGAUAGCCAGGGCCGAAAGAGUAGAGAUCGAGAGAUUAUGUAUCCAGCUGUACCAACUGCAGUCAGUUAUUGUGACGGAUAUCUCCUGGUUUAUAGUGAGACCCACGUGGAUCUGUUCGACUGCAACACUGGGGAUUGGUUGCAGACGUUGAAUGUAAAACGUGCACGACCACUCAAUAAUUCGGGAUCAUUGACUAAUUGCAUGAUCAAUGAUAUGCCCUACGUUAUUUAUUUGAGUCAUCUCCAUCAACGAGAGCUAUUGAAUUUAGCACCUCUUGAUGCGAGCGGAAGACAAAUGACGAGACCCAGGAGACGAUUUUCAUUGCGCGAAGGGAACAGAAGCUCCCGACCCACGGACAGACGAUCUAAAAUGAUCUCAGCACCAACGAAUUUCAAUCAUAUUAGUCACAUGGGACCAGGGAAUGGUAUUCAAAUUCAACGUUUGUUGGAUUUACCAACGACCCUCGAAACAGCGGAUCAACAGCAAUAUUCGAGUCAUCAUAGUAGUAGUUCUCAUUUGCAUGGAAAUCCACAGCAACGAUUUUAUGCUAAUACCGGUCUACAGGCACCAACAAAACCAGCACCAUUGCCACCCCGACAUCCACCGUCUGACACGAGACGUCUAAGUUCCCAUAUGCAGAGAAAUUCUGGUUAUUCGCCUCAUAAUGGUUCAACAUCGUCGAGAAGGGGUCCGGCCCCACCUCGGCCAACAGCUACACCACCGUCGUUACCUCGAACACCAGUGGAUCAGGCAGAAUCUGAAUCACUCCAUAUGCGAUCCCACACACCACUGUCACUCGGUAGUGUAGCUUCUUUGCAGGAAAAGGAGCACACAUCUGGUGGAAGUCCACGUCACUCAAUAGCCUCGAACAAUAGUUCCAAUCCAUCAACACCACCAAGUCCAGCCCAUGACCAUGGUUCAUCUUCCUACGACUCAUAAAUCGCCAGAUACUCAUCGGCCAGCUACUUACUUGCACCGACCGUCACAAAUCAGGUAUGAAUACCAAGCGUCGGGUUGCAAAACUCCCCUUAGAAUAAACUAAACAGAAAAACAAUAAUCGAGUUGACGAUAAACUCAUUGAGCAGCUGUUGAGACAACUUUGAAAGCAGUACACGUAUACCUGUAGAUACAGGUCCUACGGCUAACGAGUUGCCAUAGUAUUACUGCAGGUUAAUUAAUUGUACACUUGAAAAGCAAAAAAAAAGCAAAUUACGAACUAAUUUUAUCCAUUUAAUUGCCAAAUAACAUGCUAGAAUCUCACUAAAGGUCUGAAAUUUAUAUAAAUAACCCGAAAUUUAUUGUCAUUUUUAUUCAUUCAAAUUUUUAUUAUUUUUUGUGUCUACAUUCGUGGAAAAUUAGAGUAUUUGCCACUGUCAAAUAGCCUUAUUUAUUUUAACAUAAAAUGAUGGAAUGUAGACAGCAUUUUUAUUUUAUAUUUUUUAUUCGAUUGUCGAUCAACGUCUAAUCAACUUUUUUACAUGAAAAGGGGAGUGAAUUUCGCAUUCGAUUUUUGACACUUGAAUCAUGCAUAAUUAAAGUGAAGUGGAUUUUUUUUAAUUCAACACAUUCAACUAAACCCUUCAAUUCAUUGUAUUUCUCCACUUCAUAAAAUUGAUAAUUGUAAAUAGACACUCAUAAAAUUGGCUGAAGCUUAUUAGUGAUCCCGAGAAGAUUUUAUGAAUUUGUUUGUGUCAUUGGUCCCCUCAGAGUAAAAAAAUUACCCCAAUAACAAAAAAGUCUGAGUUUUUUCUUCGAAUAAAAAAUGAGACAUAAAUCAGUCAAAUUAUAGUAGAAAUAAUUACUCAAUUAGUCGACCCUCGGUUCUAGGUAGAACGCAGACAAAAAUAAAAACUACUAAGUUCGAAGUAGUGUUUAAACAAAACCAUUGUUAGAAUUAAAACUUAUUGAAUUAAUGAGAAAUAAUAAUCACUCUUCCAGCCGGAAGACAUAAAGAGGGAAAGAACAAAUAUAAAAUUUAUUGAAUGCCUUAUGAUUGAAAAAGUUUUAUAUUUAUGUCAUAAUGCAAUUUAAGGCAUUAUACAUAAUUUAAUUGAAACGCCCACAGUGUGAAUAGUAGUGAGUAAGCGUAAUAAUUUGUUGCAAUCACGUGUAGAUGAUAAUUAAAGAAGAAUAUGUGAAGAUCAUUACCGAUUAAUAACAAUGUCAAUAAUAUAUUACGUAUGUAAUUCGUCGAGGGUAACAAGAGUCAAAGUCAAAUGUCAUUUAUACAGUUUAAUAACGGAUGUUGGUUUCAGUCCACUUGUUAUUUUUAACAAACUGACAAUUAAUUUUAUUAGAGUAAGUACUUAUGUCACUUCAACGAAUUUUUUUUAUUCAUUUAAAAAAAAAGUGGAAGUUUGGAAUUUUUAAACAAUUACUGGUUUGUGUGGGAAAUCAAAGUUUCCCAGGAAGUUUUAAUUUUUUAUCGUUUUAUAAUGCUGAUUAUUGUGGUAUGUUUGGCUGUAUUUUUGUGAAAAAGCGAGGGAUAAUUGUCGGUUUUAUUAUUAAAUAGGGAGUAAUCAUGGCUUCCAUUCGAGAGGCCGUUUAUAUUCACGAGUCUUUCCAGUUUUAAUGUCUAAGUUUCUUGUUUUCGAUGAAGAAAUCAAGAUUCAACCAAUGAUUUCGGCGAAUAGCCUUUGAGAACUGGCACUUCGGGAUUUAAAACAGGACAAAUCGAUUUUUUAAUUUAAUUGAGUGGCUGUAUAUUUUUUUUAUUGAAAAAACUUUUGGCAUAUGAAAAUUUAAUUAAAAUUAGACACGUAUUUUUUUAUUUUGAAAAAAAGCUCUAGGCGACAGAAGGACCGUAUAUCUUGAGUCGUCUCUAACUCGUUAAUUUUUUUUAAACUAAAAAAUUCAUAUCUAAAGUCUUUCAGUUGACUGUCGUAUCCAAGACUAGAAAAAUUAGCAUGUAGAACCCCAAUUGGAGAUUAUUUUUUGAGAAGAAAAUCUGCGCGUCCAUUUUUCUCUCUCUGUUUUUAUUCUACUCCCCUUGAGCAAAAUUGCAAUUUACAGUCAGUCAAUGAAAAUUCAAAAGAAUAAGAAGAGCAAAGGAUGAAAUUAUUUAACAAAAUACAUUAACAUUAUCAAAAAGCCUCAGAUGGCAGUUUUAAAUGAAAUUUUCAGAGGUAAUUUUAAGAAUUGAUAUACUCUCUUACACUCGUAUUAUUUGAUAACAGGUAUUAAAAAUUUGUUCGAUCUAUCUCGAAAUAAGAGACUCCGAAACAUAAUAUUGAAGAACAAUGAAAAUCGGACUGACUCGCAAUACAUGCCGAUUCAGGUAGAAAACUAAUAGAACGCAUUGCAAUUUUAAUUUCAAUUAUUUUUAAUAGAAUUUGUAUUUAUGAAAUUUUGUAAAUAACCCGAAUCAUCAGAAGUCGUCAAGUCUUCUCCCAUCAUUGAAUAAUUAUACUCGACAGAGAUGAAAGGAUUUAUCGAAUUAUUCUGAAUACAAGUGGAUUUUUUCAAUUUUUUUUACUGAUCAAUCAAGUGAAAUUUAAUUUUGAUCGAUAAAUCAGAACCACAAGGAUAAACUAACAAAUUUACACGGUCGUGUUGUAGCAUAAUGUCUGUCAUUGAGUAGAAAUUUCGAGGAGACUAAGAAAAUUAAUAAAUAAAAAAAAACGUAAAAUUAAAUAAGUCUCAGCAUAAAAGCAGUAGAUUAGGCGUAUUACUGGUGGUUAAAACCAGUGUAAUAUAAUGAUCUGGUCCUAUUAUACAGCAUUUUGAAACACAUAUAGUUUUAGCGUAUGUCAUUAUAACGAGAACAAACGAAAAUGAAACAAACUUAUUUAUGGCUCUUGUGCAUUGUUCAAAGUAUUUAUUGAAUGAAAACAAAACAACUAUAAAUAACGAUUAUAUAGUGGAAUUAUUGUAUUUAGUUGCGGCGUUGUGGAACUGUAGAUUGAAAUUUUUUUCCUAUUCUUUCUGUAGAAUUUUCUCAUGAUUCUUAUUGUUUUUCUUUUUUUAAUUAAUUCAAUACAAUUGCGUUUGGAGAUGUGGACGAACGCGUUGAACAAUAACAAUAUUUUCUUUUUCAAUAUGCAAGUUAUAUAAUUUAAUAUACAGCACAGAGAAAUUAUAAUCAUGAAAAUAUAA